GUUUUAGGGCUCCCCCCAAGGAGAGCUGCCCCUCCACCCUCAGGGUGCUGCCCCCCCCCCCAAAUAAAAGGGGGUGCCGGGUUCGCUGGGGGGGGCACGGCCCCCCCUUUUCGCCACUGCCGGGGGACAGUCGGGGUGUCCCCUCCCAGCUCCUCCCCCUUCUGUCCCCUCUCCUCUGUCCCCUCCCCGGAUAAGGGUCCCCCUCCCCCCUCCCCGUGUCCCGCUCCCUCCCCCGGGUCCCCAAAAUUCUCCCGGGGUUGGGGUCCCCCCCCAGCCCCCCCCGUGGGACCCCCCAGUCGCUGAUGAAACGCUUCUCUUUUCUCUCCUCUUCUCGCUGUCCCCCCGUGUCCCCCCCGUGUCCCUCUGUGUCCCCAUCCCCCGUCUGUCCCCCUCACUGCCACCCCCUCACUGUCACCCCCCCACUGCCACCCCCCUUGCUGUCCCUCUGUCUCCCAUCGCCCCCCGUGUCCCCUGAUCUGUCUGUCCCUUCCCAUGUCCCCCCGUGUCCCCACUGCCCCCCCCGUCUGUCCCCACCUCUGCCGCUGUCCCCACGCCUGUCGCCGUGUCCGUCCAUCCCCUGUCCCCAUGCGUGCGUCCGCACGUCCAUCCUGUCCCCUGUGUCCCCCCUUCUGUCCCUGUCCCCUCUGUCCAUCCCUCUGUCCCGCUGUCUCCCCGUGUCCCCGUCUGUCCCCAUGACCGCCAUCCCCCCGUGUCCCCCGUCUCUCCGUGUCUGUCACUCUGUCCCUGUGGCUGUCCCCCACCCAUCCCCGUGCCCCAUCCAUCCGUGUCCCCGUGUCUGUCCCCAUCCCCGUCCUCCUGUCCCUCCUCCAUCCCCGUGUCCGUGUGUCUGUUCCCGUGUCUCUCCCCCGUCCAUCUCCUGUCCCCGUGUCCCCGUGUCCUUCUGUCUGUCCCACCCUCCCCAUGUCCCUCUGUCUGUCCCUCCCAUGUCCCCCAUCCCUGUCCAUGUCCCACUGUACCCCUGUCCCACAAACCACGCGUGUCCCCAUGCCUGUCCCCAUCCUCCCCGUGUCCCCAUGUCCGUCCCCCCCGUCCCUCCGUCUGUCCCUCCCCGUCUUCCCUUGUCCUUCCCCACUCUUCCCUUGUCUGUCCUCACCCUCUCCAUGUCCCUCUGUCCUUUCUCGUGUCCCCAUGUCCAUCCUCACCCUCCGUGUCCCUCUGUCUGUCCCUCCCUGUGUCCCUCCCCAUGUCCCCGUGUCCUUCUGUCUGUCCCACCCUCCCCGUGUCCCUCUGGCCCUCCCCUUGUCCCUCUGUCUGUCCCACCCUCUCCCGGUCCCUCUGUCCCGCCGUGUCCCCCCGCAGUUUUCGUCUGCCCGGGGGUGCCGCAGCGCGUGGGGCCAGCGCUGUCCACGCACGAGUCGCCGCACCAGGCGGGCGGCUGGUGCCGGGACCCGCUGCAGUCGGGGGACCGGCUCUACGUGCUGCCCUGGGUGCCGUACCGCACUGACACGCUCACCGAGUACGCCUCCUGGGCCGACCUGGUGGGCGCCCGGCCCGCGGCCACGCACCGGCUCCCGCACCGCGCCGACGGCACCGGCUUCGUGGUGUACGACGGCGCCGUGUUCUACAACAAGGAGCGCACCCGCAGCAUCGUCAAGUACGACCUGCGGACCCGCAUCAAGAGCGGCGAGACCGUGGUGGGCGCCGCCAACUACCACGACACGUCGCCCUACCGCUGGGGCGGCAAGACCGACAUCGACCUGGCGGUGGACGAGGAGGGGCUCUGGGUCAUCUAUGCCACCGAGGGCAACGGCGGGCGGCUGGUGGUGAGCCAGCUGAACCCCUACACGCUGCGCCUGGAGGGCACCUGGGAGACCGGCUACGCCAAGCGGGCGGCCUCGGACGCCUUCAUGGCCUGCGGGGUGCUCUACGUGGUGCGCAGCGUCUACCUGGACGACGACACGGAGCACCUGGGCAACGCGCUGGUCUACGCCUUCGACACGCGGCGCGGGCGCGGCUCGGCGCUGGCGCUGCCCUUCCCCAACCCGUACCAGUUCGUGGCCUCGGUGGGCUACAACCCCCGCGACAACCAGCUGUACGUGUGGAACAACCACUUCCUGCUGCGCUACGGCCUCGACUUCGCGCCGCUGGACGGCGACGGUCCGGUGACGACGGAACCGCCCAGCGCGGCCCCCCCGCACCCCACGGCCCCCCCCAGCUCCGACGCUCCCCCGUACCCCACCCCCACGGCCCGCCGGGGCCCCCUCACCCCCCGCCCCGGGCCCCCCGCGGGCCCCCCCCCGGGCCCCGCCCACAGCGCCGCCACCCCGGGGGGGUCCCCGGGACCCCCCAACAGCGGCCCGGGGGCGCUGCCCCCGCCCCCCUCCGCCUCCCGCCGCCCCCCGGGGGGGCCGGGGGGGGGCUCGGGCGUGGGGCCCGGGGGGGGUGCGGGGUCGGGGGGGCCCGUGGGGGGCCCCGGGGGGGGCGGGGGGCGCCUGUGCGAGGCGCGGGAGGUGCGCAGGGUGCAAUGGCCCGCGGCCCAGCAGGGGGCGCUCGUGGAGAGACCCUGCCCCAAAGGGACCCGAGGCAUCGCCUCCUUCCAGUGCCUGCUGGGGCUGGGGGUGUGGAACCCCCGCGGGCCCGACCUGAGCAACUGCACCAGCCCCUGGGUCAACCAGGUGGCCCAGAAGAUCAAGAGCGGGGAGAACGCAGCGUCCAUCGCGGGGGAGCUGGCGCGGCACACGCGGGGCCCGGUGUUCGCGGGCGACGUCAGCUCGGCCGUGCGGCUGCUGGAGCAGCUCCUGGACAUCCUGGACGCGCAGCUGCAGGCCCUGCGCCCGCUCGAGAGGGAGUCAGCAGGGAAAAACUACAACAAGAUGCACAAGCGGGAGCGAACCUGCAAGGAUUACAUCAAGGCCGUGGUGGAGGCUGUGGACAACCUGCUGCGUCCGGAGGCGCUGGAGUCGUGGCGGGACAUGAACGGCUCGGAGCAGGCGCACACGGCCACCAUGCUGCUGGACGUGCUCGAGGAGGGCGCCUUCCUGCUCGCUGACAACGUCAAGGAGCCCGCGCGCUUCCUGGCCGCCCGACAGAACCUGGUUCUGGAGGUGUCGGUGCUCAACACCGAGGGUCCCCUCCAGGAGCUCGUGUUCCCGCAGGAGCUGGGGGGUGACGGAUCCAUCCAGCUCUCGGCCAGCACCCUCAAACAGAACAGCAGGAACGGGGUGGUGAAGGUUGUCUUCAUCCUGUACAACAACCUGGGGCUGUUCUUGCCCACCGAGAAUGCGACCGUGCGGCUCGGGGGGGACGGGGGGCCCCGCGCCCCCCAGCUCGUGGUCAACUCCCAGGUCAUCGCCGCCUCCAUCAACAAAGAGUCCAGCAGGGUCUUCCUGCGGGACCCCGUGGUCUUCACCCUGCCCCACCUGGAGACCAAGAACCACUUUGGGGCCAACUGCUCCUUCUGGAACUACUCGGAGCGCUCCAUGGCCGGGCACUGGUCGAGCCAGGGCUGCCGCCUGCUGCGCUCCAACGGCACCCACAGCUCGUGCGCCUGCAGCCACCUGACCAACUUCGCCCUGCUGAUGGCGCGCAGUCAGAGCUUCCCUGGGCGGCUGAACGAGGUGCUGCUGUCGGUGAUCACCUGGGCGGGGAUCCUGGUGGCCCUGCUGUGCCUGGGCCUGUCCAUCUCGGCCUUCUGCUGCCUGCGGGGGCUGCCCUCGGAGCGCACCACCAUCCACAAGAACCUCUGCAUCAGCCUCUUCCUCGCCGAGCUCCUCUUCCUCGUGGGCAUCGACAAGACGCAGUACCAGGUGGCCUGUCCCAUCUUCGCGGGGCUGCUGCACUAUUUCUUCCUGGCGUCGUUCUCGUGGCUGUGCCUGGAGGGCGUUCACCUGUACCUGCUGCUGCUCGAGGUGUUUGACAGCGACCCCGCGCGCCGCAAGUACUACUAUGCGGGGGGGUACUGCUUCCCCGCCGUCGUCGUGGCCGUGGCCGCCGCCGUUGACCACCGCAGCUACGGCACCGACCAGGCGUGCUGGCUGCGGGUGGACAAUUAUUUCAUCUGGAGCUUCAUUGGGCCUGUGGCCUUCGUCAUCCUCGUGACGCUGGUGUUCCUGCUGGUCACCCUGCACAAGAUGCUGCGCAGCUCGGCCGCCCUCAAACCCGACUCCAGCCGCCUGGACAGCAUCAGGUCGUGGGCGCUGGGGGCCAUCGCGCUGCUGCUGCUGCUGGGGCUCACCUGGGCCUUCGGCCUCCUCUUCGUCACCCGUGAGUCCGUGCUGACGGCGUCGCUGUUCACGGCCUGCAACGCCCUGCAGGGCACCUUCAUCUUCCUCUUCCACUGCGCCCUCCAGAAGAAGGUGCACCGGGAGCUCAGCAAGUGCCUGCGGCACUCGGGGUGCUGCCUCAGGGGCCCCCCCGGGACCUCCCUGGGCGCCCUCAAACCCUCGGCCGCCCGCGCCCACCCCCGGUACUACAGCGGCACCCAGAGCCGGAUCCGGAGAAUGUGGAAUGACACGGUCCGGAAACAGACGGAGUCCAGUUUUAUGGGAGGGGACCUGAACAGCACCCCAACCUUGAACCGAGGGUCGCAUCUCCUGCCCAACCCAGUGCUGCCGCCGCGGGGGGGGUCAAGCCCCUACAACACCCUCCUGGCCGAGGGGGGGGGCUUCACCCCCGCCUCCCCCCCCGCCUUCACCACCCCAGGGAGCUUCCGUGACACCAAGCCCCCCCGGGAGCCCCCGGAGCCGCUGCCCCUCAACGGCAACUUCAACAACAGCUACAGCCUACGGGGGGGCCCCGAGGGGGGGCCCGGGGGGGUGGCCCCGGGCCGGGGGGGUUGCCCGGGGGGGCCCCCCCCGGACGCAGCGGCGUUGGAGAAGAUGAUAAUCUCGGAGCUGGUGCACAACAACUUGCGGGGAGGGGGCUCCACGCACGGAGGGGGGCCCCCCCCGCCCCCGCCGCCCCCCCCACCGCCCCCCCCACCCCCCGCUGAGCCCCCCCUGGCGCUCCCGAGCUGGGGCUGCUCUACCAGGAGCUGGCGCGGGGGGGGCCGGGUGGGCUGGGGCCCCCCCCCGACCCCCCCCGUGACCCCCGGCAUCCCCCCUUACCGCGGGACUACCCCGACAGCAGCCCCGAGGGGCCCCUGCCCCCCGCGCCCCCCUACCUGGGGGGGCCCCCCCGCGCGCCCCCCCCCAACCGCCGGCACAGCCCCGAGACCUUUGGGGGGCCCGAGGGGGGCGCGGGGGGCGCCGAGCCCGACGGGCAGAUGCAGUUGGUGACCAGCCUGUGAGACCCCUGGGCGGGGGGGCAUGCGAGACCCCCCCUCAUGCCAGGGGCUGGGGACGCGUGGGGGGCAUGAGGUUGCUGCGGGACCCCCCCCUCGCCAGGGGGUCUGGCCUCGCACAGGAACAUGGCCGGGGGGACGUGGGGGGCCGGGCAUGCACGGGGACCCCCCCUCGAUUGAGGCUCCAGGGGUGCACGGGGGUCUGGCCCCGAGCAAAGACCCUUCCUUGCACCGGGGUCUGGCCUCACACCGGGGUCUGGCCCCAAGCUGCGACCUCCUCAUGCAAGGGCUGUCCUCACGGGGGGGGGUGGCCUCACACGAGGGUCCGGUGGCACUCGGGGACCCCUGCCUGGCAUGAGGAGCUGGCCCCCAGCAAUGAGCCAGCCUUGCACGAGGACUUGGCCAUGGCCAGAGGGGAUGGCACAGUCCCAGGCCGUGGCCUUGCAUGAGGAGCCGUGGACGUGCCAGGCCACGGUGUCACACCAGGAGCCACGGGUGUGCCACGCCACAGUGACACAUGAGGAGCCACGGGUGUGCCACGCCAUGGUGACACAUGAGGAGCUGCAGGUGUGCCAGGCCGCGAUGUCACACUGGGAGCCACGGGUGUGCAAGGCCGCGGUGUCACAUGAGCGAGGCCGCAGUGUCACACGAGGACCUGGCUUUGCACGAGGGCCUUGCACAAGGAGUCGGCAGCGUGGCAGCCUUGCUCGAGGAUCCAACCAGUGUCACCUGAGGAUCCAUCUGGCGGCACAUGUGGGGACCUCGCCCAAGGAUCCAUGUGGCGCCACAUGUGGGGACCUCGCCCAAGGAUCCAUCUGGCGCCACAUGUGGGGACCUCUCUUGGGGACCUCACUCGCCUGUGUCCCCACUCGCACCAGGACCUUGCACCAGGACCUCGCACCAAGACUUUGCACCCAGACCUUGCAUGGGUCGCCCCCCUCGUGCCCCCGCCCCGGCAUGGGGGCAUUUUGGGGGGAUCCCUCAGCCACAUUCUGGGGGCCCCCCCCAAAAGCCAUCCCAGGGGGGCCCCCACGGCCUCGGCAGCACUGAGCUGGCAGGUGGGGCACUGACACCCCCCCAAACUGAGGGGUCCCCCCACAGCAGGGACCCCCCUGAAAUGGGGACCCCCCCACAAAGAGACACAUUUUCCUUGUAAUAUAGAUGUAAAUGGACCAGCCCUCCCCCCCCCUGCCUGGGAAACUGAGGCAUAGGGGGUCCCCCCAAAACUGCCCCCCCUCUCCAGGGGCCCCCCCAACCCCAGCGGGGUCCCCUCGGAAGCACAACCCCCCCAGCCGGGAGGGCCUCGCCACGCUGUACAUAGGGAUGGGGGGGCCCCCAAAAUCGGGGUGGGGGGCAAUGGGGACCCGUUAACAGUUCUGCAAACCCCACCCCAAAACUGAUGGGACCGUACAAACUGGGAACAACCCCCAGGGCUUGGGGAUCCUUCCUGGGAUGUUGAGACCCGCCCACGUUUUGGGGACCUCCCCCCAGGUACCAGGGACCCCCAAGUUCUGGGGAUCCACAGUGAACUUGGGGACCCCCCAGGACUGAGGGUCCCCCAUACUUUGGAGACCCCCCAGAGCUUGGGCACCCCCUCCCGGAGUCUGAGGACCCCCCCAGGAUAUUGGGGACCCCCCCAAAUUUGGGGACCACCCCAUUAUUUGGAGUCUCCUUACUUUGGGGGCCCCCUGUGUUUUGGGGGCCCCCUGUGUUUUGGGGACCCUCAGGGUAUCAGGGACCCUCCCCGGGUUUUGGGGACCCCCCCCAGCCCCCCUCAGGGGUUUUGGGGACACAGGGGGAGGUCCAGCCCCUCCCCAAGUUUUGGGGUUCCCCUCCCCCCCCCCUUAGCAUGGGGGGACCCCAAAACUUCCUCGGGGACCCAAAUUUGGGGGUGCAGAGGGGAAACCCCCUCCCUCCCCACCCCUGGAUUGUGGGGUCCCUCUCCCCCCCCGGGUUUGGGGGGUCCCUCCCCUCUCCCCCUUACCCCAAAUUCUGCCAAACCAACUUUGGGUCGAGUGCGUCAAACCAACGAAACCGGAGCCGGAGGGGACGCGGGGCCACCAAGGGCCACUGAGGUCACUGUGGGGUCACCCAGGGCCACCAACAGGACCUUCAAGGGGCCACCACAGGGUCAGUGUGGCCACAAAGGGAACAGCCAGGGCCAUCAAGGGUCACCAAGGGCCACCGGACAGUCACCACAGGGUCACCAGGGCCACCAUGGGGUUGGCCAGAGGGCCGCCACAAG